UUAAUAAUCUUACCAGAGAAAGGUUAUUGCUCCGUACAUGUCGUCGACCUGCACUAUCCAUCAGACAGAAGAAGCAAAGCAUUGAGCGACAGAAGGGUGAGGGGCUGCCGGCAGAACCCAAGUAUCCCAGUUUCCGAAACCCGAGUAUUCCGACGCUCAGAGGAUCCAAUUGCGGUCCGGUCGAUAUCAUCGAUAUUUCUUUUAUGCAAAAUCUCCCCUGAUUUCAUGUUUUCACCCGCUUCGCCUUCAGAUAGAUUGACGGGCCGCUGCUCCGGUUAAGGUGCCAUCUCGCAAUUUCGCAAGGAACUCUUCUCAUUUCCCAGGUUUUAUGAUCUUCUGGGGGGUUUUUCGCUGUCAUGUUUCUAUUCUCUAAUUUCUGCCACUCCUAAUUCCUGCUCCCUGUCUUUUCAUAUACUUUUAGCAUACAUUUGACAUUCCUGUAAUCGUGACUGUAAAAGUAUUCACCUUUUUUUCAUAUUCGUCUUAUGGGACUGGAGCUUGGUCACUUAAAUCGAGCUUUUGGUUAUCUUCAAAAAUCUUUUUUCUUUAUUUGAUGUUCUUGAGCUAAAUUUUAAAUUGUCAAUGGCCAAUCAACCUCACUCUUCCUUGGGGUACUCUGGCACUGUUCAACCCCCUCACCAAGGUACCCACUCACCUCUUCCGGAUUCAAUACUCAGCUCUCCUCCUUUCCCUUCAACAUCUGGUCCAAGAUUUCCUCCACCAAUAGUACAACCUAACCAGGUUCCUUCUCCAUCUAUUAAGACCCCUAAUCUACCUUCACCAGCCAAUGGGAUUAGAACUGGAAGCCCUGUUCCUCACCUGAGCACUCCACCUGGACCUCCCAUGUUCUCCCCACCACUUCAACCUGCUGCUGUGCCUUUUCGAACAUCUCCAGCCACUCCUCAGCCUGUUGUGUUCUCUUCAGGUUCAUCCCUACCCACAUCAUCUCCUCCCCAUUUUUCUAAUGGGUCUCUUGAGGAGCUGCACCAGACUUCUGGUGAUAGAGAAGAAUGGACAAAUUCUACAGAAUCUCCAAAUGUUGUGUUUUCAUCUUAUAAGGUAUUGAAACAGAAGAAACUAGCAAAUGUUCUGAGUUUAGGGUUUGGUGCAUUAGUUUCCCCAGGCAGGGAGGUAUCCUUAGGUCCUCAAAUAGUUCAGCGUGAUCCCAUUCGCUGUCAUAAUUGUGGGGCCUAUGCCAACCUUUAUUGCAAUAUUUUACCUGGUUCUGGUCAGUGGCAGUGUGUAAUUUGUCGUAAUCUGAAUGCAAGUGAAGGUCGGUAUUUGGCUUCUAGCAAGGAGGAGCUUCGCAAUCUGCCAGAACUGUCAUCACCGUUAGUUGAUUAUGUCCAAACUGGGAAUAAAAGACCUGGUUUUUUCCCAGUCUCAGAUACUAGAGUGUCCGCACCAAUUAUUCUUGUUAUAGAUGAGUGUUUAGAUGAACCACACCUGCAGCAUCUACAAAGCUCCUUGCACGCUUUUGUAGAUUCACUACCCCCAACAACAAGACUUGGAAUUAUUGUGUAUGGUCGCACAGUGUCAGUCUAUGAUUUCUCAGAAGAAUCAAUGGCAUCUGCUGAUGUACUUCCUGGUAACAGAUCACCAUCUCAGGAAUCUCUAAAAGCAUUGAUCUAUGGAACAGGGAUAUACCUUUCACCUAUGCAUGCUUCGCUUCCUGUUGCACACUCAAUAUUCUCAUCUCUGAGGCCAUAUAAACUUAAUAUUCCAGAAGCUUCUAGAGAUCGCUGUCUGGGUACUGCAGUGGAAGUUGCUCUAGCAAUAAUUCAAGGGCCUUCAGCAGAAAUGUCAAGGGGGGUUGUUAAAAGACCUGGAGGAAACAGUAGGAUAAUUGUCUGUGCUGGGGGACCAAAUACAUGUGGGCCUGGUUCAGUUCCUUAUUCUUUUUCUCAUCCAAACUAUCCCCAUAUGGAGAAAACAGCAUUCAAGUGGAUGGAAAAUCUAGGUCGUGAGGCGCACAGGCAUAGUACAGUCAUUGACAUAUUAUGUGCUGGUACAUGUCCAGUUCGGGUACCUGUUCUGCAACCUCUUGCAAAAGCUUCUGGUGGUGUUCUGAUUCUCCAUGAUGACUUUGGAGAGGCAUUUGGUGUGAACUUACAGAGAGCAUCUGUCAGGGCUGCAGGUUCUCAUGGUUUGCUGGAGAUCCGUUGUUCUGAUGAUAUUUUUAUAAGUCAAGUAAUAGGUCCUGGUGAGGAGUCACAUGUAGACAACCAUGAAAGUUUUAAGAGUGACAGCGCACUUUCCAUUCAGAUGCUUAGUGUUGAAGAGACACAGAGCUUGGCAUUAUGCAUGGAAACCAAGAGAGAUAUCAAGAGUGAUUUUGUGUAUUUUCAGUUUGCAUUUCACUUUUCAGAUGUUUACCAAUCCGAUAUCUCCAGAGUGAUCAGCGCAAGAUUGCCUACAGUGGAUAGCAUUUCAGCCUAUCUUGCAAGUGUUCAAGAUGAAGUGGCUGCUGUUCUUAUUGCCAAGAGGACACUUUUACGUGCCAAGGAUGCCAAUGAUGCACUUGAUAUGCAAGGAACAGUAGACGAAAGAAUUAAAGAUAUUGCCAUCAAGUUUGGUUCUCAAAUGCCCAAAUCUAAGCUUUAUCAGUUCCCCAAGGAGCUCUCCUUCUUGCCAGAGCUCUUAUUCCAUCUUAGAAGAGGCCCACUUCUUGGAAGCAUUCUUGGUCAUGAAGAUGAGAGGUCUGUGUUGCGGAACUUGUUUCUGAAUGCAUCAUUUGAUUUAUCCCUCCGAAUGAUUGCCCCUCGUUGUCUGAUGCAUCGGGAAGGUGGUACUUUUGAGGAACUACCAGCUUAUGAUCUUGCUAUGCAAUCUGAUGCAGCUGUUGUUCUCGAUCAUGGCACCGAUGUCUUCAUUUGGUUGGGUGCUGAACUAGAUGCUCAGGAUGGAAAGGGUGCUGCAGCGUUGGCAGCUUGUAGAACAUUAGCUGAAGAGCUGACUGAAAUGAGGUUUCCAGCCCCACGCAUCCUGGCAUUCAAGGAGGGAAGUUCCCAGGCACGGUAUUUUGUUUCUCGGCUGAUAGCAGCACACAAAGAUCCUCCCUAUGAACAGGAGGCAAGAUUUCCACAGCUUCGAACACUGACAACAGAACAGAGGACAAAACUGAAAAGCAGCUUCCUUCACUUUGAUGAUCCUAGCUUCUGUGAAUGGAUGCGGAGUCUGAAAGUGUUGCCCCCUGAACCAAGCUAGGUGGGCUGCAUAAUCAAAAUUCCCGGACGAGUGGUGAAAAUCUCAAAGAGGAAUUAAGUUGGGCCAUGCUUUUGUCUUAGUCUCCAUCUCUCAAGAACUUUUUCCCCUCCUAGUCUGACUAUUUUGCAUGCAAAUUGCAGUGCUCACAGAGAUUAUAUUGCAGUCCCCGCUCCCUCAGAACUGUAGUUUUUUUUUUUUUUUUUUUUUUUUUUUUUUUUUUUUUUUUUUUUGGUUUGGUUUUGUUGAGGUGAUUGAUACCUGAUGUACCUUGUUGCAUUGGUUUUGUAUUUACACAAUUAGCUUGUACAUCAUGGCAGAUGAAUAAGGUAGAUUGUUCACUUGAUUUGAUGGUACUUUUA